AUGCCAGAGGAGCUUCCCAGCAAACUGGCAUCACCCCGUCGGCGGGGGGGCGUGGGUGGUCACCUGUCCCUCCCCGGCCCCCGUGUGGGCUGCAGGAACCAGGAGGAGAAGCUGCUCCAGGACCUCAUGGUCAACUACAACCGGCACCUGCGCCCAGCCCUGCAUGGGGACCAGAUCAUUGAUGUCCACCUCAAGCUCACACUCACCAACCUCAUCUCCCUGAAUGAGCGGGAGGAGACCCUCACCACCAACGUCUGGAUCGAGAUGGGGGCUAGCAGCCCCGGUACCGCCGGCAGGGCAGUGGGACUCACGUGGCACCGCUGCACGGCAGAGAACGGUGAGUGGGCCAUCAAGCACCGCCCCGCUCGGAAGAUCAUCAAUUCGGACCACUUCACCCCAGAUGACAUCCAGUACCAGCAGGUCAUCUUCUACCUCAUCAUCCAGCGCAAGCCGCUCUUCUACGUCAUCAACAUCAUCGUGCCGUGCGUCCUCAUCUCCGCCAUGGCUGUGCUGGUCUACUUUCUGCCUGCUAAAGCGGGUGGGCAGAAAUGCACCGUCUCCAUCAAUGUCCUCCUGGCCCAGACCGUCUUCCUCUUCCUCAUUGCCCAGAAGGUUCCCGAGACCUCCCAGGCUGUGCCUCUCAUCGGGAAGUACCUCACCUUCCUCAUGGUGGUGACAGUGGUGAUUGUGGUGAAUGCUGUCAUCGUCCUCAACGUCUCACUGAGAACGCCCAACACUCACUCCAUGUCUCAGAGAGUGCGCCAGGUAUUCCUACACCUCCUUCCCCGCUACCUGGGCAUGCACAUGCCAGAGGAGACACCGGGGCCACCACGAGCCACCCGGAGACGCAGCUCCCUGGGGCUCAUGGUGAAAGCUGACGAGUACAUGCUCUGGAAAGCCCGGACUGAGCUGCUCUUCGAGAAGCAGAAGGAGAGGGACGGGCUGAUGAAAACUGUGCUGGAGAAGAUUGGACGUGGCCUGGAGAGCGGCGGUGCCCAGGACUUCUGCCAGAGCCUGGAGGAGACAGGUCCUGAGAUCCGUGCCUGUGUGGACGCCUGCAACUAUAUUGCCAAUGCCACGCGGGAGCAGAACGACUUCACCAGCGAGAGCGAAGAGUGGGUCCUGGUGGGACGGGUGAUCGACCGCGUCUGCUUCUUGAUCAUGGCCUCCCUUUUCGUGUGCGGCACCAUUGGCAUCUUCCUUAUGGCUCACUUCAACCAGGCCCCCGCCCUGCCCUUCCCCGGGGACCCCAAGCUGUCCCUGCCGCCGUGA